CGAUAAAACCCAAUUUUAGUUUUCUCUCACCAUUCAUUUUAGACAUAUGCUUCGUUGCUUUCAUCUCUUCUUCUUCUUGUCUCAUUGUUUGUUCGAUCUUCUUUAUAAUUUUUGGUAAUAAUGUUCAUAAAUAUAUUCAUAGAUCUACUAUGGGAUACCAUCUAUAUUUUUCAAUAAUAUUUAUUUUUUUCGUGUUAUUGAAAUAGAUAUACUAUGAGAUAGUAUAAUAGUUAUGUUUUGGAUGAUCUCCGAUGAUAGACCUUUAUUGAAUAUGUUUUGAUUUAUUGUUGAAAGUUGUCGGUGUUUCUUUGAAGAUCUAUACGUUUUAUUUUAUAGAUUUCUUCGCAGAUGCAAAAUCAGAUAAGAUCUAUAUUUUUUAGAAACGAAUCUAUUAUUUUUGGUGUUAUUGAGGAUGGUCUCCGAUGAUAGACCUUUUUUAAAUUUGUAUUGAAUUUAUUUUGUGAAAUUUUUGGGUGUUUCUUUGAAGAUCUAUAUGUUUUUACUGCAUGAUCGGAAUUUUUUUUGGGUAAAAUUUUAAAGUGAUUCACAGACAUGGCGAGGUAGUCUCCGAUGAAAGACAGAGACUUCUACAACUCUGCAUCUCGAACUGAAAAGUUUCAUUUUGAUCUAAAUUUUGUCCUUUAAGGUCUGUACAGAAGGGGUCUCCGAUCUAUGACGAUUUGUUUUGCUUGGGAAAAGGUGUGUUUAAUACAAUGUAAUGAAGUUUGAUGAAAUUUGAGGGGCAUCAUAAUGAAUACAAUGGUUUGGAGCUGUGCCAUUUUCAAUGAACAUGGUUUGGGGCAUCAUAAUGAAUACAAUGGUUUGGGGCUGUACCAUUUUCAAUGAACAUGGUUUGGGGUUGUGCCAUUUUCAUUGUAGCCUGAUGUUAUCAAUGUUGGGGCAGUGUCGAGGGUGUCUUCUGUGAAGUACUUGGUUGGAUUUAUUGAUGCAAUGAAUGUUGGGGCAGUGGAGAGGGCUUUCACUCAUGUACUACUUGGCUGGAUUUAUUAGAUUGAGAUGACAUGUACUUGAAUAUGUUUCGUCCAGAAGUGAUUGUACUACCUUCGUUCCACUGUCGUUGUCCACUUUUGACUUUUGGAACUGUUCAUCUAAGCACUUUGACUCAUCAAAUUCUCUUAAUGUGUAAGCCUAAAUAUAGUCAUGUGUGAUCUUGUUUGAAUUUAGACAAAUAGGCGUGCCAAAUGUUGCAUUCUCGUGCAUCCGAGUCUCCUUCCUUUAUAUAUAAUAUUUGAGAGUUGAACUCUUAGAAUUGCGACAUUUGGCGUGAUGACUGAAAUAUUUUUUGACACCUAAUCAGCCAUGUCAUCAAAGGUACGGAUAUCAACGGAUCUAGAUGACCCAGUCCAAUGAUGCUGGAUAUGAGCUCACCCACACAAUCCUCCCUCAGCGGAUCUGGACUUUCUAGAGAUAUCAUCAUCGACGCUCCUAUGCGAAAUUGUCGUCACCCGCUGAAUCCUCUGCGAAUCCACUGAAUCCUCUCGAGACUUCAUCACACACUCAAUCCUCUGCGAAAUUUUAGGGAAAUUCUAUGAUAUGGAGAAGAUAGCAAAUACAGUAAGUUUCCUUCGCAAACGAAUCCGAGACCAGGGAAAUUUCUUUGAAAUUAUUGGAUAUGGAGAUGUGUUUUCCUUCACUGACUUUAUUUCCUUUCCGGGCGAGUUUAACGGAAUUUCACUGUUCAACAUCAACCUCUUGCCCAAGUACCAUGAGUGGAGAAACUUCCUUGGAUUGGCCGUGAUGAAAACACAUCAGAAUCAGAUCUUAGUAAUAAUCCCAAUGAUAUUCUUGAAUUGCGUUUUUGGGCUUCAUACAAAGGGCAAACAUUGGCUAGGACUGUGUGUGGAAUGAUGUACUACCGAAAAGCUCUCAUGCUUCAAGCAUAUUUGGAAAGGGUGGCAGCUCGAGAAUCAUUACAGGAAAUAUAUUCUGUGAAAUUGCCUGGAAAUCCAAAGCUUGGUGAAGGGAAACCUGAAAAUCAAAAUCAUGCUAUUAUAUUUACACGUGGAAAUGCAAUACAGACCAUUGAUAUGAAUCAGGUCAGAAAUCUUCUUGAAGAAUUUUACUGUGACCAUGGAGUUCGCCCCCCUACUAUUCUUGGUGUUAGGGAGCAUGUGUUUACUGGAAGUGUUUCUUCUUUAGCAUCCUUCAUGUCUAAUCAGGAAUCUAGCUUUGUGACUCUUGGCCAACGUGUUCUAGCAAAUCCUUUGAAGGUUUGUAUGCAUUAUGGUCAUCCAGAUGUCUUUGAUAGACUAUUCCAUAUAACUAGGGGUGGUAUCAGCAAAGCAUCUCGCGUCAUAAAUAUUAGUGAAGAUAUUUUUUCUGGAUUCAAUUCAACUUUGUGCUAGGGCAAUGUUACUCACCACGAAUACCUCCAGGUUGGCAAGGGACGAGAUGUUGGACUCAAUCAGAUUGCUUUGUUUGAGGGGAAAGUUGCAGGUGGUAACGGGGAACAAGUCCUUAGUAGAGAUGUCUACAGGCUUGGUCAGCUUUUUGAUUUCUUCAAAAUGCUAUCGUUCUACUUCACAACUGUGGGAUACUACUUUUGUACCAUGUUAACAGUGCUCAGUGCCUAUAGUUUUCUCCAUGGGAGAGCCUAUUUGGCGUAAUUUGGGGUUGGUGAAACGAUUCAAGAAAGAGCAGAUAUAUUUGAUAAUGCUGCACUAAAUGCUGCUCUCAAUGCACAGUUUCUUUUUCAGAUUGGUGUAUUUAGUGCAGUGCCAAUGAUUUUGGGUUUCAUAUUAGAACAAGGAUUCCUGAGAGUAUGUUAUUCAUCUCUUGAUUUUCAGCUGUUAUCAUUUCUUCAAAAUGCAGCUAUUCCUUCAAAAAGUUUCUGUUUUGUAUAAUUGUUAUUCAUUUCUUUGGAAAUAAAUGCCAGAUCAUCGUGCCUGCCAAUUUUGCGUCUGCGUUUUGUAUUCAAAAAACAUCAACAUUAAACCCAGCCUAAUCUCAACUCCGUUGGGGGGUGUGGGGAGUCAAGAUGUACGUAACCUUACCCUUUAAGAAACCAGAGGCUGUAUCGUUAGACUCUUGAUGUGUUGAUGCAUUAAAACGCCAUUGGAAGUUAAGAGACAAGAGAAGUUCAAUUUUUCAUUUUGAUUUAGUUCAUUAUGUUCUCAAAGCUUAAACAUUGUCAGACAUGACUCUAUUAGCAUGUCUGACAAUGUUUCUUCCCACAUGACUCGAAGCUAAAUUAUUGGACAAGCUAAAUAUUUUAUAUACUCCCUCCAUUUAAUAAUUUUGUUCUCAGUUA